GUUCACGUCCCCUCCUGUCCCUGUGAAGAGUGAAGAAGAGGAUGAAGAGGAACCUCAGUCCUCACAGCUUCAUCAGAGACAAACUGAACAGAUGAAAACAGAAUCUGAUGGAGAGGACUGUGGAGGACCAGAACCAGCCAGGACCUCAGAUCCAGAUACACAUUUCCAACCUGAGACUGAUGACAGGACAUCCCUGUCCUCUGAAUCUGAGACUGAUGACAGUUGUGAUUGGGAGGAGACCAGAGAGCCUCAGUCAGACGUCCAGCUGCUGUUGGGGAGGAAAGAAGAGGAUCCUCCUGAGCAGCAGGACUGGAGAUCCAGUCUGGACCAGGAGGACCCAGCAGAGCCGCCUCACAUUAAAGAGGAACAGGAGGAGCUGUGGACCAGUCAGGAGGGAGAGCAGCUCGGAGGUCUGGAGGAGGCUGAUAUCACCAAGUUCACGUCCCCUCCUGUCCCUGUGAAGAGUGAAGAAGAGGAUGAAGAGGAACCUCAGUCCUCACAGCUUCAUCAGAGACAAACUGAACAGAUGAAAACAGAAUCUGAUGGAGAGGACUGUGGAGGACCAGAACCAGCCAGGAACUCAGAUCCAGAUAGACCUGACACUGAUGACAGGACGUCUCACUCCUCUGAGCCUGAGACUGAUGACAGUUGUGAUUGGGAGGAGACCAGAGAACCUCAGUCAGGUUUAAACCCUCCACAGAACAAUGAAGUACCUGUCAGUGAUGUUAAAUGUAAAACUGGAAAAACUUCAGUUAGCUCCUCUGGAUGUACUUCAAGCUCUGACCACAAGGGGCGUCUGCAGAGACGCAGUGGAAACCAAACAGGAGAGAAACCCUUUAGUUGCUCAGUUUGUGGUAAAAGAUACCAGCGAAAGAAAUCCCUCAGGAAUCACAUGAGACUUCAUUCAGAGGGAAAAUGUUUCAGCUGCUCAGUUUGUAAGAAAAUGUUUCCAUGGAGAGUUGAUGUUGUGACACACAUGAGAAUCCACACAGGAGAGAAACCCUUCAGUUGUUCAGUCUGUGGUAAAAGAUUCACACAAAAGGACCAUCAAAGACAACACAUGAGAGUCCACACCGGGGAGAAACCGCUGUGUUGCUCUGUCUGUGGGAAAGGAUUUGCACGAAGCUCAACUUUGACCCGACACUUACGAGUUCAUACAGGAGAAAAACCUUUCAGCUGCUCGGUUUGUAACAAGACGUUUCCGUGGAGAGGACAUGUGGUGACACACAUGAGAGUCCACACAGGAGAGAAACCCUUCAGUUGUUCGGUCUGCGGUAAAGGAUUUUCACAAACCUCUGCUUUGACUGCACACUUGAGAGUUCACACAGGAGAAAAACCUUUCAGCUGCUCGGUUUGUAACGCCAGCUUCAGCCUCAGACACCAUCUGUCCCAACACAUGAAGGUUCAUUCAGGGGAGAAAUCUUUUCUGAAGAAAUGAUGUGCAGUCAUGAUUCAUCAUGAUUCAUUGGCUUUACUCGCAUUUGUAAGAAAAAAGUCGGUGAUUGGAACUCAUCAUGAACAAUUACAAGAACUCAAAGUAGAGUAAUGGGUAUAAAUGAGUAGUUUCCAGGAAGUUUCUGUUGUAUGAUAUGAAUUAAUUGUACACAUUUUGCAGUAUUCAUAAUGUUUGAAGUGUGUAUUCAUCGUUUGGAAGUCAUUUGACGAUCCAGUGUCGUCUUCACUGUGAAUGAUUUAAACACUUAAGUUGUUUCAUGUGUUUCUGAUGAAGAGGAACAAGGUGAAGGUCGCGUUCAUCAACGGUUUUUCAUUGUAUCUAUGGUAACAU